AUGCCUCGCGAGAUCAUCACUAUCCAGGCAGGCCAGUGCGGGAACGCCAUCGGCUCUCGGUUCUGGCAGCAAUUAUGUCAAGAACAUGGGAUUUCCCGCGACGGAAACCUCGAAGACUUCGCUACCGAAGGUGGUGACCGCAAAGACGUUUUCUUCUACCAGAGCGACGACACACGUUACAUUCCCCGAGCCAUCCUCAUCGAUCUCGAACCGCGAGUCAUUAACAGCAUCCAAAGCGGCCCUUACAAAAACAUUUACAACCCGGAGAAUUUCUUCAUCGGCGAACAUGGAAUGGGCGCAGGAAACAACUGGGCAGCGGGAUACGCGGCUGGCGAGAGGGUCCAAGAAGAGAUUUUUGAUAUGAUUGAUCGAGAGGCCGACGGCAGUGACUCUCUUGAGGGAUUCAUGCUCCUCCAUUCCAUUGCCGGUGGCACUGGGUCAGGCCUUGGGUCAUACCUCCUUGAGCGCAUGAAUGAUCGGUUUCCCAAGAAGAUCAUCCAGACAUACUCAGUGUUCCCGGAUACUGCGACUGGCGAUGUGGUGGUAAAUCCCUACAACAGCCUGCUCACCAUGCGACGGUUGACUCAGAACGCUGACUGCGUUGUGGUUCUGGAUAACGGUGCUCUAUCGAGCAUUGCAUCCGAAAGACUGCACGUCCAAGAACCCUCCUUUCAGCAGACGAAUCAAUUGGUGUCAACGGUCAUGUCGGCUUCUACAACGACACUGAGAUACCCUGGAUACAUGCACAAUGAUCUGGUGGGAAUCAUUGCAUCUCUGAUACCUACGCCGCGAUGCCACUUCCUGAUGACCGCCUACACUCCUUUCACCGGGGACAAUGUGGACCAGGCCAAAACCGUGCGCAAGACAACAGUGCUUGAUGUAAUGCGACGCCUUCUCCAACCCAAGAAUCGAAUGGUAUCCAUUACACCCUCAAAAUCUUCUUGCUACAUUUCAAUCCUCAACAUCAUUCAAGGCGAAGCCGACCCGACCGACGUCCACAAGUCUCUUCUGCGAAUUCGAGAACGGCGAAUGGCAAAUUUCAUACCCUGGGGUCCGGCCUCAAUUCAGGUGGCUCUGACCAAGAAAUCCCCGUACCUACCAAAUACGCACCGAGUCUCGGGUCUCAUGCUCGCGAACCACACCAGCGUUGCUACUCUUUUCCGGAGAAUAGUGGUGCAGUAUGAGAAAAUGCGGAAACGAAAUGCCUAUUUGGAGCAGUAUAAGAAGGAAGCCCCGUUUGCUGAAGGGCUGGCCGAAUUCGAUGAAGCCAAAGAGGUUGUGAUGGGUUUGAUUGGUGAAUAUGAGGCAGCGGAGAAGGACGAUUACCUUGACCCAGACGCCGGAGAAAAGAAAGCUGAUGGUGCCUAA